AUGGCUCACAUCACUCUCAACCAUGCAAAACUCGGCGCCAUCAAAGGCCUACGUGAUGCACAUACCUCUUUGAUCAAGAUCCUCGGUCUGCCCUAUGGUAUCAUUCCACAGCGCUUUGGGCGAGCAGAACCGCUGCAAAGUCUCUCGAAUAGCCUACGAUAUCGUAACGACAUAUUUGAUGCCACGAAGCCAGGACCCUCGAGUGUCCAGCCAUGGGGCAGUGUGACCAUGGAUGCUUCGAACAUCCCCUUGCCAACAGAAAAUCUCCCAGACGACGAAGAACAAUCAGAAGACUGUCUGAACUUAUCUAUUCGGCUCCCUCCAACAUGUAUCAAUAGCAAUGGUGGCUUUUGCUCUGACGCCAAACUGCCAGUCCUUGUCUUCAUCCAUGGUGGUGCCUUUUUCCUCGGUUCCGCGAACAGACCAUAUUAUGAUCCAACGAACCUCGUCCUCCAGAGUAUUCAGCGUGGUACUCCUUUCAUUAUGAUUAGCAUCAACUACCGCCUCGGUAUACUUGGCUUCAUGCACAGCCCUGAAACCGAUUACCUAAUCCCUGAGAACAAUGGUCUCCAUGACCAAGACCUCGCUCUCGACUGGGUGAAGAACAACAUCGAGGACUUCGGCGGAGAUGUCAACAACAUCAGCGUUAUUGGCCAAAGCGCAGGAGGCGAAAGUGUCUCCGUCAAGACAAUCCGUGACCCGAUUUUUAAGCGCGCAAUAACGUUUAGCGGCACUCCGGUUACAAUGCCCAGUAUGACACCGCAAAAGCAUCACAAGAACUUCCUCAGUCAAGCUGUCUCCCUCAAAAUCCCCACCAAAGAUGAAUCCGGCAAGGAACGAAACGCAAAAGACAUCGCCAACGACAUGAUCGCUAUGGAUGUCUCUAAAAUCCGCGAUCUAGCAUGGGUCGGGCUUCCUUGCGCCAACACUGAACACUUCCCCGUUGAGAAACCAUCCAUGGAACUGACUAAAUCUGGAAAGAUGGCUCCAGAAAAUUGGCGAAACAGAUUUACGCCCGUGGAAGCGCAGAUCGUCGGCUCCACAACCUACGACGGCGGGAUCUCAUACAACAUGAUGAGCAAAGACGGCAGCCGCAAAGACCACGCCAUGGCAUUCGAGCACAUCGCAAAGGAUGUGCUGGGCAACGACAACGGCGCAGCGCUGUGCAAAAUGUACGGUCUUAGGCCUGGUAUGCCGGAUCCUGAUGCUUUACAAGCCGUGUGUUUGUUCGAAAGCGAUAUUGGUUUCUUCGCUGCUGCAGUUGCGACCGUCGAGGCGAAUCUGAUUCCGAACACGUACUUCCACAUCUUCGAUCUGCCGAACCCAUUCGACGGGCCGAUCAGAAAGCAAGGCAAGUUCGCGACCCAUACGUUCGAUAUUGUGACGCUGUUGGGUGGCGUGCACGAGGAUCGCUUGCCGGAGAGCUACAAGCCUGUUGUAAGUGCUUGGAGAGACAGGAUCUUGGAUUUCGUUGUUAGUGGGAAGCCGCCGUGUGCGGAGUAUAUUGAGGAGGGGAGGAAGGAGAGAAGAGGUUUGAUGGUCAAUGAAAAUGGUGUUGAGGAUGUUGGGGAGGAGCGAUGGCUUGAGAACGACGAGGGGCGGCGUAGGAGAUUGUUUGAGCUUGCGAACCAAGUGAAGGGCGACGCCGGAUGCGAUGUGCUUUGGAUGGACGUGGGAAGGCGAUUCUUGAUGAAAGGCGAAUAG